UGACAAAACAAUGACAAUGGACAUUCAAAGUAGCUAUCAAAAUUAUAAAGAAGCAUCGCCAGAUGCAAAAGACAAUAAUCUUAAUAUUGAAAGUGCAAGAACUUCGCAUAUUUCGAAGACAGACAUGCAGUCUACUGUUUUAAAUCCUGGAAAGGCAUCGAAGCGGUCUUUCGAUGUGGCGUUCCUGAUGAUGCCCGAUGAAAAACUUCGAGCGAAGCAACCUGAGAGGCAGCUGAGAGUUUCAAAGCAAUUAUUUAAUAGUGAUGAAUGGGAUCAGUCUCAGAAGAGAAUUCCAGAAAUUUAUAAACACAGUGAAUAUUCGAAUGAAAAUGGAAUGGAUGCUAAGGAUCAAGAUGAUGACAAAAUUCGUGUGAAUAAUAACAUAUCACCAAGUUUUGGUUCAGAUAUCAAUAUAGAUGUUGGCACUGAUGAAUAUCCCAGUAAGUCUAUGUAUUGCAGUGAUUCUGAGAACUCAGAUCGUUCAAGAAGUCGCCCGAACUCUAACGAAAGUGCAGCUAGACAUCCUAAGUUCCUGCCAGAACACAAGAAUAAAAUCUUUGAUGAUCCCACACUGAUCAGCAUGCAAUCAAGAGCGAGGUACGAAAAUAGAUAUUCAGAUAAACCACAGGAAAUGUCUCCGAAAAGUGCUUUCACAAAGGUAUCUAAUUACGUCAUCCGAUCUCCAAAUCCAUCGAUGAGUCCUGAUAAUCUGCUGUACCAAAACUCUGUGAGUCCACCGCUCUCAGCUUCAAGUCCACCAUCAACUUCUUUUACUAAGACACCAGCCUUUAACAAUUUGCUUACACCAGCACAUUUGUUAAACGGCAACAGUUUCUUUAAAGCUCAAAAUAUGCAAUCUUCGUCUCCAAAUUAUACAGAACCAUUGGCACAACGGUCAAAUGUAAAUUAUAAUAAAAGUAUGGAGUAUCAAGAUAAACAUGCGGAGCCAAAGGCACAGUUACCAUCGAACAAAUUGAACUUUCUGCCAUUCAGACCUGAGAUCCCGUAUCUUCCGACCGGCUCGUCAUAUCCUUUCGGUGUACAGAAUUUCCAACAGCCGAAUGCUGAUUUUAUGAAAUUUCCAGUGCCGCCCAGAGAGCCAGUAAAUCCUUUGAUAGCUAACCCAGCUGCAGCAAUUCUAAGUACGCUGCUUCCACCAACAUUAGCAGCAUUCUCAUUGCCCGCGCAAAAUGUUUGCGCUAAAUGUAGCAUCAGUUUUAGAAUGACCUCAGAUUUAGUGUACCAUAUGCGUACACAUCACAAAAGCGAGUCGCAAGCAGAUCCGAAUAAGAGAAAAAGAGAAGAGAAAUUAAAAUGUCCUGUUUGUAACGAGAGUUUCAGGGAAAGGCAUCACCUGACCAGGCAUAUGACUGCUCAUCAAGAUAAAGAGGGAGAUAUGGAUGACGUCACUCCGUCGCAGAGUUAUAAUAAGAAAAAUAAGCAAUACUACAGUCAUAACAAUGGUUCUCUUCUUCAUAAAUGAAUUUAAUAAAAAUGCAUUCUGCUUAAAGUAAUAAAUAUACUUUGAAGUGAAAUUGGUAUGCCUGAGCUGAAAAAAUCAUUUAAAUUUUAAAUUAGAUACCUUAUUGCAAUGUCGAUUCCGAGUUCAAUAAUUGU